AUGGUCUAUCAAAAAUGGGAAAACAGUCCUGUAAUUGUGAGUUUUGCGACCCGCGAGACUCCUAUUCACGAAAUACCGUUUCCAGCCGUGACUAUUUGCCCAGAAAUUAAAUCUUACAAAGCAACAUACAAUCAUUCUAAUAUGUUGGUGAAAUUAAAGGACAAAAAACGCUUAACCAAGCAAGAAUAUGAAUCAACGUCAUACAUGAACCUACUUUGUGAUGUUAAUACGAGUGUUAAUAUAACAGAAGAAUUGUUCAAAUACGAAAACGACUCAGAAUUCAACUAUUUCAAUAAUUAUUAUUAUACUGACAAUAGGUUUUAUGAUUUUAUCUUUGACGUUUCGCCAAACCUCAUAAACCGUUUUUAUUCGUGCAAAUGGAUGAAUAGAAUGCAAAAUUGCAAAGAUAUGUUCAGUUUAAUCCUCACCGAUGAAGGCCUUUGUGCAACAUUCAACAUGAUGGACAAAUCAAAAAUUUACAGGAACGACGUCUUUCUACCAGAAAUACCAUUUCCAUCUAGAUCACCUCCAACAAAUAUUACAUGGAGUCUGGGCAGAGGCUAUGAAAAUGACCAAAACACAAAUACCUAUCCACGUAGGGCCUUAUUCUCAGGCGCGAAAAAUUCCCUUACAAUAUUGCUUUAUGAUUACAAGAUUGACGCGGAUCCGACGUGUAAAAUGCAAGGAUUCAAAGUAAUUUUUCAUACACCUACAAGAGUACCCAGGCUUAGUCAACAAUACAUUAGGUUGCCUCUGCGUGAAGUUGUUGUGGCUGCAGUGCAACCUGUCAUGAUAACAACCUCAGAAACUGUUAAAAAUUUCAGAUCCGAAAUCAGAGAGUGUUAUUUUGAAAGUGAAAAAGUUUUAAGGUUUUUCAAGACUUAUAGUCAGAGGAAUUGUCAAUUGGAAUGUUUGACCAAUUUUACGUUUUACUGGUGUGAGUGCGUUGGAUUUUAUAUGCCAAGUAAGUUUUAG